UCUCGGAAGUACGUUCACUCGAUAGGACGGACGACCGUCGUCUGGCGCACGACGAGCUUCAAGCAAUAUGGCGAAGUGUGUCAUGGGCUCGGUGAGACGUAGUGUCGUUUGAAAAUAUGAAAAGUUCGCGGUAUGGGUUGAGAAUAAUGUAGCGCUAUGAAGAUCGUGUGAAUAUUGUAUUUGUGUAUAACGAAGCAUCGAGCUAGUUCCUUGUGAUCGGGGAAUUAUACAGUGUGCGUUACCGGUGUGAAAUCAUGGCUACGGAUAAAAUAAAGGUUGCCGUUCGGGUCCGGCCGUUCAAUCGCAGAGAGCUGGAACUCGGAACACAGUUAGUCGUCGAAAUGAGCGGGCAGCAAACCAUCUUGCAGCAUCCCGUCACGAUGGACAAAAUGGAACGGAACAAACCGAAAACGUUCGCGUUCGAUCACUGUUUCCAUUCCCUGGACCCAUCACUAGAGAAUUUCGCAAGCCAGGAAGUGGUGUUCGACGCCCUGGGCCGCGAUAUUUUGGACAAUGCGUUUCAGGGUUACAACGCCUGCAUCUUCGCUUAUGGGCAGACCGGGUCCGGGAAAUCGUACACGAUGAUGGGAAGCGGCGAGAACAAAGGCAUCAUACCACGGCUGUGCGACAACCUAUUCGACAUGAUCGCGAAACAACAGAGUUCAGAACUCACAUACAAGGUCGAGGUCUCCUAUAUGGAGAUCUACAACGAGAAGGUGCACGAUCUGCUUGAUCCGAAGCCGAACAAACAGUCGCUGAAAGUCAGGGAACACAAUGUUCUGGGACCUUAUGUGGAUGGACUCAGUCAGCUCGCUGUCACAUCCUUUCAGGACAUCGAUAACCUGAUGGCGGAGGGCAACAAAUCGAGGACAGUGGCAGCGACGAACAUGAACUCCGAGAGCUCCCGUUCACACGCCGUGUUCUCCGUGAUCCUAACGCAGACAUUGACGGACUCGAAGAGCGGUGUCAGCGGCGAGAAGGUCUCUCGGAUGAGUUUGGUGGAUUUAGCAGGGAGCGAAAGGGCUGUGAAAACUGGGGCAGUGGGUGAUAGGCUUAAAGAAGGAAGCAAUAUAAACAAAUCCCUAACGACGUUGGGUCUAGUCAUUUCGAAGCUGGCGGAUCAGAAUUCCGGAAGUAAUAAGAAUAAGGACAAAUUUGUGCCGUACAGGGAUUCUGUUCUCACGUGGCUGUUAAAGGAUAAUCUGGGAGGAAACAGUAAAACCGUGAUGGUGGCAACAAUAUCUCCAGCAGCGGACAAUUACGAGGAAACACUUUCGACUCUUCGGUACGCGGACAGAGCGAAGAGGAUCGUUAAUCAUGCGGUGGUCAACGAGGAUCCAAACGCUAGAAUUAUUCGUGAAUUGAGGCAGGAAGUGGAAACGCUGAAGGAGAUGCUAUUACACGCGACUGGACAAGGAUCGAUAGUGGGUCAACAACGCACAGACAUCACGGAGAAGUUGUCCGAAUCAGAACGAUUAAUGAAGGAGAUGUCGCAAACGUGGGAAGAAAAGCUCGUAAAAACCGAGAGGUUGCAGCACGAAAGGCAGCAAGCUUUAGAGAAAAUGGGAAUCAGUGUUCAAGCCUCUGGUAUCCAAGUGGAGAAGAACAAGUAUUACCUUGUGAAUCUGAACGACGAUCCCAGCUUGAACGAGCUGCUGGUUUACUACCUGAAAGAAAGGACUCUGGUAGGAGGUCGUUCAGCCAAAACGGAGCAGGAUAUUCAAUUACACGGGUUAGGUAUCCUCCCCGAACAUUGUGUCAUCACGAUAGAAGAAUCUGGUCUCUACAUGACGCCAUUAAACGGUGCUAGGUGUUUCGUAAACGGCACCCAGGUGGUGGAGAAAACACCGUUGUUACACGGGGACCGAAUUGUCUGGGGAAAUCAUCAUUUCUUCCGGGUGAACUGCCCCAGAAGUGCAACAGCAAUUAACAGCGAGCCUCAAACGCCUGCUCAGAAUAUCGAUUACAACUUUGCUCGAGAAGAAUUGAUGCUUAACGAGCUGUCGAACGAUCCUAUUCAGAGAGCCAUCGCCAGACUCGAAAAGCAGCAUGAGGAAGAUAAACAGGUUGCACUGGAGAAACAAAGGCAGGAAUAUGAGAGACAGUUUCAACAGCUGCGUAAUAUUUUGUCCCCUUCAACACCUUACUCACCGUAUGUACCGUAUGACCCAUUAAGAGGUAGUCAAAGCGGUAAAUUGCACGCAUGCACGCCAACCACGCAAAUGCGUGUAGAGAAAUGGGCACAAGAAAGGGACGAGAUGUUCAAGAGGAGUUUAGGUCAAUUAAAGGCGGACAUCUUGAAAGCGAAUGCUUUGGUGCAGGAAGCGAACUUCUUGGCGGAAGAAAUGGGCAAACAAACCAAAUUCAGCGUCACCCUACAAAUUCCGCCGAAUAAUUUAAGUCCAAAUAGAAAGAGUGUAUUUUUUCAGCGGGGAGCUUUCGUCAGCGAGCCUGCGAUUCUAGUGAAGAGGACGAACAUGGGCAGCCAGGUGUGGACCAUGGAAAAAUUAGAAAACAAAUUAGUCGACAUGCGGGAUAUGUACGAGGACAGGAAGGAUCCCAAUAAUUGUCAACGAUUACCUGCCAUUAAGGACGAAAUACCUGGAAAAACUCAAGAUCCCUUCUACGAGUCCCAGGAGAACCACAACUUAAUCGGAGUAGCGAAUAUUUUCUUAGAGGUUCUGUUUCACGACGUACGGUUAGACUAUCACACGCCAAUAAUCAGCCAACAGGGAGAAGUCGCUGGACGACUGCAGGUCGAAAUUAGUCGCAUAUCCGGCCAUUUCGCUCAGGACCGUAUCUGUGAAGCUGCGUCGGAAUCGUCGGCCGACAGCACCUCUUCAGAACCUGAAGACUAUUCGGGAUCGAGUCACAUCACCUGUCGAGUGACCAUCAAACAAGCUACCGGUUUACCGUUGUCGCUUAGCCAUUUUGUGUUUUGUCAGUACAUAUUUUAUGGCCAUCCGGAACCAAUAGUGGUGCCAGCGGUUGAUAAUACCGAACAACUUAAUUCGAAUUGUCAAAUGGGACAGAGAGACUCUUUGGUGUUCAAGUUUGAUCACACGACGGAUUUUAACGUGCCCACUUCGGAGGAGUUUGUGGAACAUUGUUCUGAAGGGGCCUUAAGCAUAGAAGUUUGGGGACACAGAAGUGCUGGUUUCUCCAGAAGCAAACCUGGCUGGGAAGUCGAGCAGCAGUUAGCCAAAGCCAGAUCACUGGCUGACAGAUGGUCAGAAUUAACCAGAAAAAUUGAACUGUGGGUGGAAAUUCAAGAACUGAAUGAACAAGGAGAAUAUUCACCAGUCGAUGUGGUGGUGAAACAGGACACAUGGACAGGGGGUAUUUAUCAAUUGCGUCAAGGCCAACAGCGGCGGAUACAAGUUCGCGUGAAACCAGUACAAAAUUCAGGAACAUUGCCUAUAAUCUGUCAGUCGAUAUUAAAUAUAGCGGUUGGUAGUGUGUCCGUAAGAAAUCGUCUGCAGAUCCCGUUGGACAGUUAUCAAGAUGAGGACUUAAGUAUAUUGAGAGAAAAGUGGAGCGAGGCCUUGAUGAGAAGGAGACAGUACUUGGAUCAACAGAUUCAGAAACUUAUUAACAAACAAGAUAAAACAGAGCAAGAUAUAGAAAGAGAACAGAGUCUCGUAGACCAGUGGGUCAGUUUAACGGAAGAAAGAAACGCAGUGUUAGUUCCUGCAGCAGGCUCAGGGAUUCCAGGUGCUCCUGCUGAUUGGAAUCCUCCUCCAGGCAUGGAACCACACAUCCCAGUUCUCUUUCUUGAUCUCAACGCUGAUGAUCUCUCAACCCACCAGUCUGGAGAAGAGGUUUCUGUAACAGGGUUAAACUCGAUCCUACCCAAAGAACACGGCAAUAAAUUUUACAAUUUACCUAUAAUUCGUCACAUAGAAAAAGACGUAUGUGCCAUUGCUGCGUGGGACUCUAGUAUACACGACAACAUACACCUGAAUAAAGUUACGGAUGCAAACGAGCGGGUUUUCUUGAUCCUGAAGACAACGGUACGCCUGUCGCAUCCUGCGCCAAUGGAUCUGGUGCUACGCAAACGAUUGGCCUUAAACAUAUACAAAAGACAAAGCAUCACGGACAGAAUCUUCAAGAAGAUCGUCCGAACAGAUUGUUUGACCCAGACCGGUGUAACUUAUGAAGUCGUAUCGAAUAUACCAAAGGCAAGCGAAGAACUGGAGGACCGCGAGAGCUUGGCUCAAAUAGCAGCGAGCGGUGAAGACAACAGUUUGUGCGAUGGUGAAACGUACAUUGAAAAAUACACCCGUGGAGUUUCUGCGGUGGAAAGCAUCUUGACUUUGGACAGACUACGACAGAGUGUUGCUGUGAAAGAGUUAUUGCAAGCACAAGGUCAACCACUUAUGCGCAAGACAGCAAGUGUGCCCAACUUCUCGCAGGUACUACUGCCUCUUCGCCGUCUUGGACGCACUAUCAUGAGAUCAGACACUUCGAUGGAUUCCUUGAACGUAACACGUUCCGAGAGCGUAACUGAUCUCAAUACCGAAUUAAACGGUCUAUUACACUCUCGACGUGCAUCCACGGGUCACACAAGAAACGAAGAAAACUUUGUGACCACUCCAUCGAAGCCAUUCGGAAUCGCGAGACCAACUUUCCUGAAUCUCAACCUGAAUCUCAACUCAUUGACACGUCUGCAACAAUCCACCUCUGCCAAGUCAUCUCCGAAUAUGGUCGGCAGUAAAUUGGCUCUACGAAUGACCACUCUUCACGAGGAAACGUCUAACGUUGGAAAUCAACUGCCGACGCCUAUCAACGACGAAGAUGAAGAGAAGAGCGACGCUGAUUACUCUGAAUACGACUCGUACCAGGCACCGGCGAAACCAGUAAAACCGCUAACUUCUUCACGCACACUGGAUUCUCUUGUCGAACUUCAAUCGACGAAGAUCAACACGCCAAGCAUGAGCAGCAGUGGUUACGGUUCGCAAGCUGUGUCGACGACGAACCUGACGUCCGAGGACUCGAUUUCCGUCAAGUCGAUCAGCGUGGACGACACGCCGGAUCUGGAAUAUAGGAAUCUGCUGGAGGGCAAGAAACCCGAACGUAUGGACAGCUCUUUGGUCGAAGAGACGCCGGAGGAGUACAUGGGAGAAGUGACAAACGCUUUGGACAACUUGAACGUGAUGGGUGGCAGUUGUAACGAGGAACGAACCAGGAAGAACCUGGAGGAGACGGGUGCCUACAUGGACGCGGACAUGGACAGUCCAGUAUCUUCGACGAAGAGCGACAGCGACGCUAAUAGCAGUUCAACGAGUGCGACUGUUCAGAAGAAGGAUGUUCGAAGUCAGGCUUCGAGUAAUCGGAGGAAAAGCGAUAUGGAAAUUAGUCAGACCUCGAACUCUGGCGAGGAUAGUCCUCUGGAGGGUAGCUCGGUUGUGCACACCAAAUUACCGCCGGGCAAGGUCGUGCGACGAAGGAAAGCAUCCACCAACACAGGAAGGCCUACGAGUUCUCAGCACAGGGCUUCAUUCCCCAUGGUCCGUCCACAAGUAUCCGAAAGUAAAGCUGCAGCACGAUUAGAACAGUCGAUGCACGCUCUACCUAACAUGCCCUACGAAAACGGUGAUAACAGCUCCUCAGAACGAAUCGAUGACGAUGUAAGCGAAAAGAGUUCAACUUUUGGUUCGAGACACGACUUGAGCAGAGUCGAGACACCACUCCCAGACUGGGUCAUAGUUGGUGAAUCGGUUUUAGUUCGUCCUUACAGCUAUUCGGGUGUAAUAGCUUAUGUUGGUCCAACUGAAUUCGCGUCUGGGACGUGGAUAGGAGUCGAACUUGACGCUCCUACUGGUAAAAACGAUGGUGCUGUGAAUGGCCAUAGGUACUUCACGUGUCGACCAAAAUGCGGAAUCUUCGUCAAAGUGGACAAAUUAAUUCAAGACAAACGAGGCAGAGCACUUAGAAACUACACUUUCACUCUUCCUCAAUCUGCACCGAUGCGCAGAAGCGUCAGCAGAGGUGAGGGUUUACAUUCCUUGCACCGAAGUCGAAGCCGAGGGGAAGGUCUCUCAACAACAGGCACACGAUCCUCUCCACGUGCGGAGCAUCUAGCAUUGACGGAGCUUACACAGCCUAUUCCAUCCCACGAUAAGACAAUGUCCAUUUUUAUCGUUAUAAUUAUCUAUAUGAUAAUCGUUCGCAACUGUACUUUGUACCCGUAACGGAUUCUAGAAAUAAUAUUUUCGACCAAUCGGUUUUACGAUAUCUCUCUGGAAGACUUCCGAGUUUAACAUUAUCCAAGAGACACAGCUGCAACCAAGCCCAGACACGGUCUAAGUUCCAAAAUAAUAAAAAUAUAAAAAAAUAAUAAAAAAAAAAGGUUUGCACGGGUCCAGUUUCUCAGAAUAUUAAAAAUCUAAUCUACGAUUUUCUUCUAAAACAAGGCUGUGAAACUUAAUCCUUUGCUGUUACCCUAUACUCGUUUCUGAUCAUAUGCACCAGUUUCUCACUUCUUUUUUGACUUGAAACAGAUUUUUAAUAUAAAACAGAAAUUAGUUUAAGAGUUUAUUGUUUAUCAUUUUUGUUGCACUCUGUUAAAAUAUCUGUAAAGCAGUUCUUUGUUAAAUUUUUCAUUGUCCUGCUUGAUGUCAUUUUUUAAUGCAAUUUUCUGCAUUUAUAAACUUGAGAGAAUAUAAGCCACCAGUAUGUGCAUUUGAAAUGAAGGAUAGCUAUGAAAUUAAAAAUUUCACAUCCCUAAUUUUGUUGAAUCACAUUAACUAUUGGCAGAUUUUUGUUAAAAAUUCAUCAAGUGUAAUUAUACCAAAUGAUUAUGAAAAUCAGUUAAAACUAAAUUAUAAACCCAUAGACUACGAAUUAAAUUCAGUACAAAUAUUUCAUUUCAAUAACAAUAACAGUCUUGUAAAAUAAAAAAAUGCUAUCGACAGUAAGCCUGCAUAUUCCCAGUGUCGUCAAUUACGGCGAAGUGCGAGCACGUUAAUAUUGAAUUCGGAACUCUUCUAAAACGCUUGACGGUGAGAGACUGUUCGAACGAUCAUCGCUAAAAUACAUUUAAAACGAAAAAAAAAAGAACUCACAUAUGUAUAUGUAUAAUGUAAGCGAGUCGAGAUUGGUGUUAUAUUUUAAUGUAAUGUAAAAAAAAGAACUAAAAGAAAAGAGCAAAUAACAAAAGACAAAACGUAUGUGCGCAAAGAAAAAAAAAACCAUCAACCACACUGGUACUUAUAGACGUUUAUCGACACAGUAUGUAAGAAAAUACUAUAGUACGAUGUGCACCAGCUUUAAGGCCCGACACACAAGCCCUUUUCCACAACCUCCUUUUCCUCAUCAUCGACCCAUCGAUUAUUGUUGGCGCACGAUAUCGAGGGCUGACAUUGUACAUUGCAAUUGAAUCAACCUGUACGUCGAACUUGGUGCGACCAAAUAGUGUUGUCGACCGUGCAAUUUUCGUUCAUUGUAUGUACCUUUUCGAAUUCUCGAUUUAAGGAAUGAUGUAUCGAUUUUUACUUUGGUUGUACUCGUGCGGAAUUUUUAUUGGAGGAGUUUUGGGUACUUUGGAAUGCUUAAAUACUAAUAUUUGAUGUUCACGAGUGCUUAGAUGUGGAUGUUAAGUACUUUGGGGUGCAGAGAUAGUGAUAUCUUGUAUUUGGAAGGGUUGAGUACCGGUAUUUUGUAUUCUGGAUUGAUCAGAUACUGGUAUUUUAUGGUUUGGGGUGUUCAGAUACCGGUAUUCUGUAGGUAUGGACUCUUGAAUACCAGUACUCUAGGUCGUAGAGUACUCAGAUACCAUUACUCUGGGUCGUAGAGUACUCAGGUACCAAUACUCUGCAUCCUAGAGUACUCAGAUACCGGUAUUCAGUACCUUAGAGUACUCAGAUACAGGUAUUCAGUGUCCCAAACUACUCAGAUACCAGUAAUCGGUAUUCUAGAGUACUCAAAUACCAGUACUCUGUAUCUUAGAGCACUCAGAUACCAGUACUCAAUACUCUAGAGUACUCAAACACCGGUAUUUUUUAUUCUAAAGUAUUGAAACACCAAACAAAGUAUUUUCAGAUGCUUAAAUACCAUUAUUUCGUACUCUAACACGCUCAAAUACUGCAAUUAAGUACUCUGAGGCAUCAAAUAUUGGUAUUUUGUACUCUAAAACGAUCAAAUACCAAUAUUAAGUAAUUUCGAGUGCUUAAAUACCAAUAUCUCGUACUCUUGAACAUUCGAAUACUUUCACUUCGUAUUCUGAGUACUCGAAUACAGGUAUUUUGUACUCUCAAGCACCAAGUACUGGUAUUCCGUACUCCAAAACACUUAAAUAUCAAUAUCAAAUGUAUUGCGGUGCUUGAGUACCAAUAUUUCGUAUAUUAAAACUCGGAUACCGGUAUUCUGUGACGCUUGAAUAUUGAUAUUCUGCAUUCUGACAUUCGAAUACCAGUAUUCCGUAUUCUAUUACGAUCGAAUAUCGGUAUUUCGUAUUCUAUGACAUUUGAACACCGGUAUUCGGUAUUCUAUGACGAUCGAAUACCGGUAUUUCGUAUUCUAUGUCAUUUGAACACCGGUAUUCGGUACUCCAUUGCUCUUGAGUACCGAUAUGCGCCAUUUUCAAGCUAAAUAUCAAUUAUUUCGCAUUCUGAAAUGAAUGUUUAUAUUUUGUACAUCAAAUACCAGUAUUCUCAAUGCUUGAAUACCAUAAUUUCUUACAUUGAAAUCUACGAUACGUCCGAUAUCCUUAGAUCGGGAAUUCACGCUACUGUAACGUAGAAAGACAUCUCUUCGAAUGCGCAGAGCAAGAGAAAUUAGUAAGAAAAUGAUCGAUACUAGAUUGUAAGGUUUUUGGGAAUUCUCCGUAGAUCCGUAGAUUCGCUGUGUCACUCCCUCCGGUACUAGGUGACCGGAAAUAGGAAAGCCUAUUUUUGCAUUGCGUGAUUAAAGGCAGAGAACGUGUUUAGAGUCAGUUCCCAUUCAACUGAUAUCUAUUCGAAUGAUGUCUUAUGUAAGACUAUGGGACGGUACAAGGACGAUUCGCGGGAUGUUCUGCUAUUUUACCGUGUUCGCGUGAUCGAAUUAUUUCAUGUUUUCACUUUAAUUUCGAGAAUAGCCGUAAAUAUCCUUUUUUUUUCUUAGGCAAUGUAAAUUAAACGCCAAUUUAUUUUGAUACAAUUCGUGACGUUUUAUUUUUAUGAACAUGAUUUUUACAGAAGAUAACAUUCUGUGAAGAUGACAAUCUUCGGUAUGCUUCUGUGCGCAGAUUUUAAUUGCACAAUUUUUUGCGACGUAGAAUCACACGAUUUUUUUAUUGUACCAAUAUUUUAUUGUUUGAAAAUUAAAGAGAAUAAAUAUAUUACUGAGAGGUAGAGAUAGAAAAAUGUACUUCGACGAAGAGUUAAAGUGAACGUAAUAAUAUUAAUAGUAUAAAUACUUUGGACUGAAAAUUAACUGACGUCCAGUUAAUUUUGAUUAUAAACAAAUUCGUAAACUUUAUUCAAUUCAGAUGAAUCUAUGCACUUUAAGAGACAAUUACACAGGUAUAAUAGAACUGAUACGUAAUAAAAUAGAGCAGAGUGUAUUUUAUGAAGGAAUGACUGAAUCUUGACAUUUAAUCACGAAGGGUUAUAAUGUAACUAUAUCAGCAAUUAAUUAAUUAUAGCAUCGAAAACAAUCAGAUUAAGAUUGUUCAACUAUCUUCGACUAUUAUAGUACGAAUUUUUGAAUACUAUCGAUUCAAUAUAUUAAUCCUAUUUCCAAAUUACUGAUAAACAUUGAUAAUCAAAUAUAAAAUAGCAGGGAACAUCAAGCAAUCGAACUUGAAUCGUCCUGAAAUUGUAAUACGUCGCUUCGAUCGCUAUCGCAAAAGCAUUAUAUUCUGCAAAAUUUUAAUAUCAAAUUAUGCGUGAAAAUUCAGAAAAUAUACGUACUUUCGUUGGUGAGAAAGAAAAUGGAUGGUAGGAGCAAAUAGCGUUCUCUCUCGUUAUAUUGCCAUUUUUAAUAAUUGCCGUAAUUGCAAAAUUUUAAUAUUAAAUUAUGUGUGAAAAUUCAGAAAAUAUACGUACUUUUGUUGGUGAGAAAGAAAAUGGAUAAUAGGGACAAAUAGAGUUCUCUCUCGUUAUAUUGCCAUUUUUAAUAAUUGCCGUAAUUGCAAAAUUUUAAUAUCAAAUUAUGUGUGAAAGUUCAGAAAAUAUGCGUACUUUCGUUGGUGAGAAAGAAAAUGGAUGAUAGGGGCAAAUAGAGUUCUCUCUCGUUAUAUUGCCGUUUCCUUAUAUUACAUUGAAAGUGAGAAAAAUCAUGUAAAUUGUUAUAAUACGUUGUUUAUUAUUGUAUGAAACAAUUUCUUACAUGUUUAAAGGUAAAAUAAAUAAUAUGCAAUAUAGCAAAUGGUAACAGAAGAAAGAUUGCUUAAGAAUGUAAUAUCCUUAUAAUAUUUUCUCGAUACAAAACCAUCACGAUUAUAGAUGAUUUGAAUGAUUUUCUUCUGAAUUAAGGAACAUGCAAUAUAGCAGAUGGUAAUAUCAAAAGCUUGCAUAAUAAUGUACUACAAUAUUUUCUAUCAUAAAAAACAAUUAAAAUUUCAUAUCAGCUUGAAGCACUAAAUUGUUUUCUUAAAAGAAAACUCUCUCUUACACCAAGUAUAAAAGUGGCAAUAUAACGAGAGUCCACGAAUCCAUCAAUUAUACAAUAUAAUCAAAAACGUUAACCUUCAAAAAUUGGUUAAAAAACAAUUCUCAACUAUCAAACAAAAGAAAAUUUACGAAAAACGUUCCACGCGAAACUGCGUGAAAUGGCUGAUUUUGACCCAAUUAUAAAAUGGCGAUUGCGAUGGCGAUCUAAGCGACGUCGCAGUGGAGAGUGUAAAAUAAAAAGUAAGAUACAUAGAUGAAAAAGGCGCUUAGGCGACUUUUAUUUCGUGUUACGCAUAUAGUGAAACGAUUAAAACGUCGCCCCGAGGGAAAUUCAAAUUCCAUUAACUUUAGAUGAUAAUUAGCGAUCGAAUUAGCAUCGUACCUUUCUCGCGCACGCUGGUGCUACUGUGCACGUUGCACGGAGAACCGUUUCUCAUUCACUUACUCUCGAUCGUAAACAUACAAACAAAAAUACAACAGUACCAAAAAAGAAUUAAAAACAGAUAUGUAAUUAUUAAUAAGGAGAAUGAGAGAUAAAAAGAAACAAUCAUAUUGCGACGAAAUACGCUUGCGGAAAUUCAGUCGUCGCUCGAGAGAGAGAGAACAUUCGCGCUCUGUUAUCUUUUAAGCUUCGUAUCUUGAAGCCGAUAUAGGAACUGUUGCGACCAAAUACAGAUUUUCGACCCAUUGUUUCGCUGUUUCCGACUGCUUGAUGGACCAGUUUCAUUGUGACAGUUUGUGCAUUGUACAAGUUUUUCUUUCUAGUUAGCGUCAUACUUUCGAGCUGCGCCUUUUAAUGGACGUUCUUAAAGUUCGUUCAUAUGUACAGGUACUGGAUUACAGACACAUUUACGCAUUUCCAAAUUUUUAAAUUCACAAGUUUUAAAUUGGUGAUCUAAAUUUCAAACUAACAAAUUACUAAUGUUACACAUUUUUGAAUUUACAGAUGUAUAAAUUUAUAAAUCUUCAAAUUAUCAAACUGUAAAUUGGAGAUCAAAAACCUUUUUCAAAUUUUCAACUUCCUAAAUUUUUACAAUUUUAUAUUCUCAAGUAUCCUUAUUUUCAGAUACUCAAAUCUGAUCAUUAACUUUCUGAAUCUGUAAUUCCUUGAACCAUUAAAUACCCGAUUCUUAAAUCUCCGAUACUUAAACCCUCGAUUUUUAAACCCUCGAUUUUUAAAUCCUCGAUUUUUAAAUCCCCGAUACUUAAAUCCCCAAUGUCUCUAAUCUUUAGAUCUCUAAAUCCUCGAAAUCUUAACUUCACGAAUCUGUAAAUCCCUGAAUCGUUAAAUCCCUGAACCGUCAAAUCCCUGAUUCAUAAAUCCCUGAUACUUAAAUCCCCAAUUCUUGAAUCCCCAAUACUUAAAUCCCCAAUGUCUCAAAUCUUUAGAUCCCUAAAUCCUCGAAAUUUUAACUUCACGAAUCUGUAAAUCCCUGAACCAUUAAAUCCCUGAACCGUCAAAUCCCCGAUACUAAAUCCCCGAUUCUUAAAUCCCCGAUACUUAAAUCCCCGAUUCUUAAAUCCCCAAUACUUAAAUCCCCAAUGUCCCAAACCUUUAAAUCCCCAAAAUUCCUGAAUCCUUAAGUUCCCCAACCUCUAAAUCCCUAAAACCUUAAGUCCCCAUCUUUCUA